CAAACAAAAGGUGCCAUGUUCUAAGUUGUUUAACACAUCUGGAUGUAAAUAUCAGGAACUGAAAGCUGAAAUUCUGAUUUAUCGUCCCAUAUUUAUCCUUGGAUCUCAAACCCAAACGUCUUCAGUGUAUAGCAGAAAAAACGAAUUAGCCUUGCUGUUCCAGUACUUUUGGAGGGGAUUGUAUUUCUUUGCUUUGUUUGAAGUUUUAUUUAUAACUUGGUCAUACUGAACAUCCUGUAAAUACACCCUGUACUGUUUGUCUUCUACAGCUGUAUAGUGUAAUGGUUUAUAAUCCUUCUAUCAGGCAUUACCCAGAAGAGGAUGGGGUCCCUUUUGAGUCUGGUUUAGGCUUGUGUGAUAAUAAUUUGAUCAUCUCUACACAAUAUUACGCUUCCACGGUACCCAGUGACAUUUACUCUGAUUAUAUUACAUUACUAGACCUUUGUCAGCCUUUUUUUUACAUUUUGCAUAGAAGUUCUGCAAUUGAUCAGAGUACGCUAGUACAAGUCAACCAUAUGCCAAAAGACCAGUCUUUAUCUUCCUAGUAAUUUGGUAAGAACUGGAGCGAAUGGAUGACUGAAAUGGGGUUUUGUACUCUUCGAUAUUAAUUGACACCACCUGGAUGCCCCGCCCCCUUCCCCCCGUCUUACAGGCUCUCAUCUGAACUUGCACAAGUACAGUCACCUUCUGUUAUGGUAAAUGGAGAAUGUUUUGAGCUCAUUAAUAUGAAAUCAAAUCUGACUUAUUAUGCUAUAUGGAUAAAACUGAAUUGAAUUGAACUACAUUGCCAUAAUCUUAAAACUGACCCCACUUUUCUAAACAUAAACUAGUGCAGCCUCUGAAGCAGAUCCUCUCUUUCAGUUUAUCACAUGCAUUUAUACAAAUUAUUUAGCGGAAGGUAGUUCAUUGAAACAGACUAGCUACAGGGCUAGAGACAUUAGGUCAGAAAGCUAAGUUUUUGAAAAAAAAAGAAAUUAAAAAAAAGUUGACAGCAAAACAGAAUGUUUAAAGAUGAAUGGACAGAGAAGGAGCACUUGAAAGGAAAGCUCUAUUUGCCCUCUUCCGCAUACAUACAGAGCUAACAAUUUGGCUAGUGUUGCUCUGAAUGGCUAAAAAUACGUCAGUCAAUCAACAGCAAAUCCCAGCUGUAGAUAGUUUUUUUUAUUAUUAUGUGUAAAAUAAUGUGGACAUGGACCAGACUACAGACUGGAAAUGUGCUCAUGUUAAUGUCGUAACUGCUGUAUAAAGUAAACUGGUUGCUUCAGCCACUACAUGGUAGCAUGGAGCCAUCCUGUCCACUGACAUGUGCAAGAGUUUUUGUGGUAAAAUUCAUUUUUUUCUGUCUGUGUACGUUAACUACAAUAUUAUGCUAAACCACUACAUUAGCUAAUUACAGGGAAAUUUAAAAACUACAGUAGCUGCCACAAAAUGGAAUCGACCAGUCCUACAAACAUAGCUUUACACUGCCAUGACAGCGUGGCCAUGUUGUCAGCACAAUGCUGUUUAGAUUCUCGCUAUCUCACUAUAAUGGUCUUGUUUGCUUCUCGUCUGUUCUCAGUGGUUACCAUGACGACAGACAAAGCAAACAGUGGACAGAAGAAGCAGGUCUGUGAGCAGCAACAGGAAGAUGGAGAGGCUGGAGUGCAAGAGCCUGACCCUAUUGAGCCCCUUCAGGAUGGACCCUCUGGCUCACCGCUGACUCCUGGAGGCUCAGAGGAGGGACAGCAGCCGAAACCACGACAGCACGCCUCGGGUGGCCGGGGCCUCUCACGCCUCUUCACCUCUUUGCUGAAACGCCGCUCACAGUGCUCAGAGGACGAGGGGGUCAAGGUGGAAAGAGGCCAAGAGAAAGAGAGUCACCCAGAUCCCAAAGCUCCCAUCGCAGACCCUGAACCUGAGCUACGCAAUGAGGGGGAAGCAGCACUAGACCUGCACUCCAUUAGCAGUUCUGAGAACCAGGUCAGAGUGGACCAAAAAGACACCAUAGAGAGUGAUGAAUUGAAGGUGGAGAAGCGGGAAAAGAAACAAAAGAAAGAUGAGAUGAAUAAAAACAGAGACAAGAAAAAGAAAUUAGAGAAAACAAAAAGUGCAGAGAAAAAAGAAAAGAAAGAGAAGAGGAACAAGGACAAGAUAAAGAAAGAAGAAGGAAAGAAAGAGAAGGAGAAUGAAACAGAAAAAGAAGAAAAAGAGGUAGAGGAGCAGCCCAAGCCUGGGGAAGAGGAGACAGAGGCAGCAGGAGCAGGGAAAAUAGAGGGAGACGGAGAACGAGGGAGAAAGGAGAAGACUGCUGAGGAAGAAGUGAAGGCCCUUAAAGGUCAGCGCAGACCCAGGAUCAUGCACUGCAAAGUCACACUGCUGGAUGACACACUGUUUGAGUGUGAACUGGAUAAACACGCCAAAGGCCAGGAGCUGUUUGCUAAAGUAUGCGACCACCUGAAUCUGUUGGAGAAGGACUAUUAUGGCCUUGCUGUGUGGGAGACAUCAGCCAUUAAGACAUGGCUUGACUUCACAAAGGAGAUUCGGAGACAAGUGCGAGGGAUCAGCUAUGACUUUACAUUCAGUGUGAAGUUUUACCCACCUGAUCCAGCCCAGUUAUCUGAGGACAUCACCAGGUACUACGUGUGUCUUCAGCUGCGCAAAGACAUCAUGAGCGGCCGUUUGCCCUGCUCGUUUGUCACUCUAACCCUGCUGGGCUCUUAUGCACUGCAGUCUGAACUGGGGGAGUAUGACCCCGAGGUCCACGGCACAGACUACGCCAAGGAGCUCAGACUCAUCCCAAACCAGACAAAGGAACUAGAGGACAAAGUCAUGGAGCUCCAUCGCACAUACAGAUCCAUGAGUCCUGCUCAAGCUGACAUGAUGUUCCUGGAGAAUGCUAAAAAGCUUUCUAUGUAUGGCGUAGAUCUGCACCAGGCUAAGGAUCUGAAUGGGGUGGAUAUCAUGCUGGGUGUCUGCUCCAGUGGUCUCAUGGUUUAUAAAGACAAGCUGAGGAUUAAUCGUUUUCCGUGGCCAAAAGUGCUGAAAGUCUCCUACAAACGUAGCAGCUUCUUCAUCAAGAUACGGCCAUCUGAGCUGGAACUUUAUGAGAGUGCCAUUGGCUUCAAGCUGCCCAGUUACAGAGCUUCUAAGAAGCUUUGGAAAGUGUGUGUAGAGCACCACACCUUUUUCAGGUUGACGUCUACUGAAGCUGCCACCACACCCAGAAAGCUCCUGGCCCUGGGCUCCAAGUUCAGGUAUAGCGGGCGAACUCAGGCUCAAACACGGCAGGCUAGCUCCAUGAUCAACCGCCCUGCACCCCACUUCAAGCGCUUUGCCAGUAAGAUGGCCUCUCACAGCUUAGACGGAGCCAUGGUGUCCACCUUAAAUAAGACAGCGCGUCCUGUCAGUGCUCCAAUCAUGUCUCCUAUCUCCAUUGGCGAUACAGCUCCUUCUCACAUGGUGACAUCAGCCAUACAGGUGAAGCACAAAGACGUGGUGACACCCACAAGUCCACCGUCUCACUCAGGAGAGAACAAGAUUGAGGUAAAGGCAGAGAGCCGUGUGACUGGGACCUUCAAAAUGCAAAGUGUUGCAGUUGAGGACACAUCUGAGAUCAAGAUGGUUGUCCGGCGUGAGUGGCGGCACCGUGAUGCCCUGGCAGUGACGACCGCUAAUGGGGAGAAAAUGAGUCAGCCCCCACAAGUGAUGGUGCGAAUGCGCAAGAAAAGAGCUAAGAAAAUCGAGGGUGAGACUCUCUAUACCAGACACAGCAACUUAAUGUUGGAGGAUCUGGAUAAGACUCAGUCAGGGAUUAUGCGUCACCACAGCAGUAUCAGCGAGCUCAAGCGCAGCUUCAUGGAGUCCGUCCCAGAGCCACGGCCCAGCGAGUGGGACAAGCGCCUGUCCACACACUCACCUUUUCGCACAGCCAACAUCAACGGCCAGAUGCAGCCUGAUGUGACUCCUGUAGUGAAGACGCAUACAGUCACUGUUUCUGAUGUGACCAACUCCCCGAUCAGUGAGACUGCCACCAAAGAGGGUCCGAUCCUGCACACUGAGACUAAGACCAUUACAUACGAAUCUGCUCAACCCGAUGAGAAUGUAGGGAUGCUGCUCAAUGCACAAACCAUUACCUCAGAGACUUUGAGCACUACAACCACUACGCAGAUCACAAAGAUGGUGAAAGGAGGAAUCUCAGAAACCCGAAUUGAGAAGAGGAUUGUGAUCACCGGUGACUCUGAAAUUGACCAUGAUAAGGCUUUGGCUCAGGCGAUAAAGGAAGCAAAGGAACAGCACCCAGACAUGUCUGUUACUAAAGUAGUAGUGCAUCAGGAAACUGAGAUCACCCCAGAGUAAAAUCUGAAACCCAUACAGGAAUCCAUCCCUGAUUCACGUACUCACCAGACUGCAUGCUGAAGCUCCAGACUGCUUCUGCGGCCCCUCCCUCUGACAGGACAGCAGUGGAACGGCAGGAUGAACACUACUGAAGACGCAUCUCCCGGCUGUUCCAAUGGAUUCAACCUUUUACUGGAAUCCACUUUUCCUAUAGCAUCAUUUUUCUGUAGCACCUCUCUCUCUCUCUCUCUCUCUCUCUCUCUCUCUCCAGAUGUCCAUAUUGCAGCUGAUUGUUUCAUGUCAAAUUGUUAUAGCAAAGCAAAUGAAGACAUGACUUUUAAUGGUUUUAAUGAAAUUUUAAAUGUAGAUUUUAGUGGGUUUGAUAAACAGUAGAUUUUUAAGACAUUUUUUAAACAUAAAACAAUUGUACUGUGGAGUUUGGGGUUUUUCACACGGGACAAAAGAGCAGCAGCAUCUGAAAUAAAUUUUGGUUCUUUGUCUUCUUUUAAAGAAUAUUAAUUAUUGUGAACAAGUUCUUCUUCUUCUUCUUACUAAUUAUUAUCAUUGUAAUGUCUUCUCUUUAGAUUUUCUUCACUUCACUUUCCUUAACUUGAAUUCUUUUGUCACAAAUGGAAUUGUUGUUUGUUGUGGCAGAAGGGUGCAGACAGUGAAACUGUAUUCUAUUUUUCUGUGUAUCUUCAGUUGUUCUUUUUGUGUGUGAACUCACCAUUUUAGAUUGCCUGCUCUUUUACAUGCAGGUUUUAUGCAGUCUAAGUUGUAUUUUACCCCUCCUAAGCACCAAGUGCAGUGAACAUCACCUGGAUCGAUUCUUGUGCAUGUGCACACACAUCCUGAGACCUUCCAACAGUCAUGAAGUGAGGUAUGAUGUAGUAUUUGCUAUAAAUAACAUUGUCCUACAGCCUUCUUUCCACUACUUCUUCUUGUCUUGUAGACGUUGGACCACAUUAUGAAGCUUGUGACUAUGUUCAGAGCUGCAGGUCCCCUGUCCUUCAACACUGGUGACAGUCUGUCAUCUGCGGUGCAAGAGUGUAACUUUCCUACUUUUUCACCAUCCACACAAAGUGAAUGCUGCAUUAGUUGGACUCCCUCACUAGCUUGCUAGCACUCUGUGAGUUAUCUAUGAACUGUCCUUGUUGCUCAGUACAGCACCCAUCUGUUCCUGUGUGGAGUCUCACCCGGUGUUCUGAGUUUCCACUUCAUCAGCAGUGUAGUGUCCUGCAGGCCUGUGAAUAUGUGCUGCUAAAGUAUUCACAUUCUCCCUCCUGGAGCGUGUAUGUGUGUAUUUCUCUUCCAAACUCCCACAUAUGCCACUCUCAGACAGACUAGUGGCUUGUGGUUACAUACUACUCAUGUCUUCAAAUAGUGUUUCCCCCGCACCUUAACAUACGCUGUCCUCAGUUAGCUGCCAAGUUAACUAAUACACAGCUUGCAAAGCCAUGCUCAUGCUCGCAGUCGUGUAGCCCAUCGCAGUAUCCUCUGGAAGCCAGGGAUGAGCAUCAUGUGGACACAGUCUUGGCAUUGAUCAUCUUAAAGAAGCAGCUUUUGUUUCUGGUGGCCUUCACAGACAAAGCAUGUCCAGAUGUACGCUGCCUGAACAGAGAGUGCAGAAGCAAUGAUGAAUUUCUAGUGAGAUCAUAUAAUAUUGCUUUACGUAUGGAAUACCUGGGCAGUAUGUUUGCUAUUUUAGUUCUUGUAUUGGAGCAAGCACUUCAAUCUACAGAUGUUGAUCCCUCUGUUGGGGAGCUGGUUGAGGCCUUGCUCAUAGCAGUGGAGCAUCUGGGCUAGGAUGGGGGGCUCUCCACUAAUCUGGUUCAUGUACAAAGCCAGGUGUCAUUGGCACAGUCCGUGUUGUUGGCUGUGUGCAAAUUAACUCUGCAAAAUCUGCCCAGCAGGCACCUGAGCACUCCUCAUUCACCCCAUGGGACGGGCCCUAAACUGUGCCCCACACCACUAAGGAGUCACACAGAGUUUGCCCAUUAAGGGCAGGGACUGUUGACGGGAUGCUUCACAGCUGAAAAUAUUGCCACUGGGGAGCAACUGCAUUAGAUCUUUGGCUCUGAUGACCUUUUUGCACGAGUAGAAACUCCUUUUCAGGUCUCAUGGCCCUGACAGUGUCAGACCCCAACAAACUUGCCCCUGUAACCCAAGAAGCUCAUUCCUUUUUGGAUAGAGGAGCAAUCGCAAAGGUAUUGUCCAGGCCAAGUGGUUCUACUCUGUAUUCUGUGUUGUUCAGAAGAAAGACAAUGGUUUCUCUCCAAUUCUUGAUUUGACAAGGCCAGACAGGCCCCUAAAAGCCUUCUCCUUUCGCAUACUAAGACUAUUAAAUGUAACUCAUGCUGUACAGCCACAGGACUGGUUCACAUCAGUGGAUGCGCAUGAUGUACGUUUCCACAUUCCCAUCACCAGCAGAACACAAGCAACAAAAGAUGCAGUUGAGGUGUGCCUUCAAAGGACAGGCACUCCAGUUCAGAGUUAUCAUUCAGAACUCGGAAGAAGGUUCCAGGGAAUGAUGGCAGUAUUGUAACAUUCUUCAUGUCUUUGUUGGAAAGUCUCAGCAUUUAUGCACUAGGGCUUGAAUGACUACUAAUCUACUCAACCAAUCAUUCGAAAAAGUAUUUGACUAUUGGACUGUUUCUUCCAUAGUUUAAGCAAGGCAGGUUUAAGCAGGAUACUGCUACACUCUAUGGCCGAAAUAUGCACCCCUGACCAUCACACACAUGUGUGGAUCUUCUCCAAACUGUUGCCACAAAGUUGGAAGCACACAAUUGUAUUGAAUGUCUCUGUGUGCUGUAGCAUUACAGUUUCCCUUCACUGGAACUAAGAGGCCCAAACCUGUUCCAGCGUGACAGUGCCCCUGUGCACAAAGCAGUGGAAAGCCUUCCUAGAGGAGUGGAGCUUAUCAGGUGUCCACAUACUUCUGGCCAAAUAGUGUAUUUGUAUUUGUGUGUUAAAUUUCCAGAUUCAGUGCUUUUUAGGCUAUACUCUUAUUGAUGAAAGUAAAUCAAUUGGUGCAAAAGUGUGUAAAACCUGUGUGUGAUAUUACAGUAUUUAAGGAUGCACCAGUUCUUAAACGCACUCGUGAAUGCGCUGGUGGCUCAGCUGAAAACGUUGAUUCGUUAAAUCAUGGAAGCUCCUAGUAGUUUAAUGAUGGAUGGAGGAUGAGAUGUCUACAGCAGUCUGGGAGCUUUUUUCACCAACUCCGGCCUCGGUAGCGUCACAAAAUGAGUCCAGCUUGGACUCUUUGAGCUGACGUGCCACUGUAAAAAAAAAAACUGAGUGGGGUUGGAUGGUGAAAGUGCUCUUUCACACACUGCUGGUCACAGCGUAAUUCUGCAGGAGAAAUUUCUUCCAUUAUGUUAAAGCUGGUGUUUGCAGCCCCUAGCAUGUGCACAUGCACAAUACGGUGAUGCUGACCCGACUGUUCAUAUUCAUAGAAGUUUUAGUUCUAUACAUAAAUAGCACUCAAAUAAACAAAGCCUCAAACCACUCACUAAUGCUCUACGUAAUUAGAAGAAUUAGAGUCUGUUAGCAAGAACAGAGUAACGUUACUGAUUAAAGUAAAUAAAUGGUGCUCCUAGUUACUUGUGUAUAAAAUGUUCCCAUCUUUACCAUUAUAAUUUAUUUAUUCAUAUUGGCUACUCAUUAUUGCUGAUGUUAAAGACAUCACCUGUUUUUGUGGUGUGGGUUGCUGCCCUUUUAAAAUGAAUCAAGCUUAACUCCAGCACAGUUUAAACCAAUUUGCUUUUUUUGUUAAAUAAUAGUAUAAAUAGGAUUUUGUAAAGAAGCCUAAGUGUUAUGUCCUUUUCAGUGUUUUGUCUUUUCAUUGUGACACUCCUUCCUUUCUGCUUCUGUGGAUAGAGAAAGAGAAAACUGAAUUUUAAUGUAACGUUUCUAUUCCUUCUUAUUUAGCUCAUGCACUGAAUAAACUCAAAUUCAGUCCCAUUGUAUGUCUCAGUUUCAAGAUUUCACCAAAUGUUGGAUUUCAUUCCCCAUCUGUCUGACUCAUACUCCAGAUGUAUCUCUGAAUUUACCGCAAAUGAAAGAGUAGGCGUCUCUUAAAGGUGUGGCUUUUUGACAGAAAGAGCAGGGCUGUAUACAUAGUAUUUAAUACUGGUAAUGAAGCAACACAGCUGAAAGAAUGAAACUGACUAAAGUGCACUAAAGCAUCAUGGAUGUCUGAUUGAUUGGUUUCUGUAUGACUACAGAACAGAGCUACAGUCAGGUAUAUUUCCUCAGAUGAUUAUACACUUUCUUUCCCUAUGGAUGUGUUUUAUUGAAGAUACACAGACACACAUCAUAUCCUCUCCCCUCAGUGUGAAGCUAGAGAAACAUUUAAGCCCAUCUGAAAGGUAAUCCUAUGCAGUCUGCAUUAAGGCUUAUUGGAGUAUCUUUUUUCAGCAUUUCAUUGUAAACGUAGGACUUUUAUUACUUUGACUUUUCGUUGGUUCUGAUAGUCACAUUGUAAUUAGACUCCUGAACGUUUUGUAAUGUGUUUUGAUUGAUCUGUGAUGUUGUGUAGAAUGAUUUACAUAUUUUUAAAUAAAAGUAGUAGACAAUCUGAAUGAAGACAAAUCUGAAGUGAACUUAAUGGUUACUGUCUUUC